AUGUCUUCACCAGUGACAUUUGGCACGAACGAAAAAUGGCGUAUCAACCGCAACAUCUUCGUGCUUGGCUUUGCGUUCAUGGUGCAGUUCACGGCAUUCCACGGAGCAGCCAACUUGCAGAGCUCCGUGAACACUGACGCAGCAGCAGGCACCUUCACCCUCGCUGCUAUAUACUUCUCCCUAAUCCUAUCCAAUGUCUUUCUGCCGGCUAUGGUCAUUAAAUGGCUGGGCUGCAAAUGGACAGUAGCUGUCUCGUUCAUAGCUUAUAUGCCGUUCAUCAUAGCGCAAUUCUACCCUCAUCUUCACACCUUGGUACCAGCUGGCAUGAUGGUGGGUUUCGGCGGCGGACCUCUGUGGUGUGCUAAGUGUACUUACUUAUCAGUGGUGGCAGAGCCCUACGCCAAACUGUCCGGUGUAUCAGCGGAGGUCCUCGUGGUGAGAUUCUUCGGAUUAUUCUUCAUGUUCUAUCAAAUGGCGCAGAUCUGGGGAAACCUGAUAUCUUCUGCGAUCCUAUCUUCGAAUCUCGGGGAGGUAACGCCGUUUGUCAAUGAAACAUGGGCACCUGAGGCGCUAAUGUUUGGCAAUUACACGUUACCAACCCCUGACUAUGGAGGCACUUGCGGUGUUAACUUUUGCAGCGGAAACGACGAACAAGAUAACUCAAACCUGGUACCACCUUCUGCUUUAAAAAUCCAGGUGAUUUCCGGCGUAUAUCUGGCUUGUAUGAUCUUCGCCAGCAUUCUAGUAGCUUUUGGAGUUGACUCAUUGAGCAGAUACAACUCUGGACGCCAGCCAACAGCACAGGGCAAAUCUGGCUUACAGUUACUAGCUGUAACACUGCGGCAACUGCGGCACAAAUACCAGCUGCUGCUGCUGCCUGUUAUUGGGUACAUUGGGGCGGAACAGGCGUUCAUGGCUGCUGACUUCACACAGGCGUUCGUCGGCUGCGCGUACGGCAUCCCAAACAUCGGCUUCGUGAUGAUCUGUUUCGGCGUGUUCAACGCUCUUGCGGCGCCUGUGGCUGGAGCUGUGGUGAAGCUCACUGGCAGAUACCCAGUCAUGCUGACUGCACUGUUUUUAAAUCUGUGUCUACUAACUGCACUGCUGCUGUGGAGACCAGAUCCUCACCAAUGGCUUAUGUUUUACUUCCUUGCGGCUAUUUGGGGUACAGCUGAUGCGGUCUGGCUGGUUCAGGUCAAUGCCCUAUCCGGAAUCCUUUUCCCUGGUAAUGAGGAGGCAGCAUAUUCGAACUUCAGGCUUUGGGAGGCAACCGGGAGUGUUCUGUCAUAUGCAUCAGCCCCAUACCUCUGCGUAAGAACUAGGUUGCAUAUACUCUUAGGACUACUUCUAGUGGGUUUCUCGGGUUACACCACUAUCGAGGUGAUGGAGUUCAAGGUGAAGAAGCGUCAUCACCAGGAGAGGACUUUUGAACUUGUCAACAAAACUGAGCAAGAGUAG